AUGCGUACGUGCUCCAUCGGCGUCGCGUUCUCCACCUCCGCCGCCUCCUUUCCGUGCCGUUCACCCCUAGCCAUCAUCCCGCCACUUGGCCACCGACGCCACCAGCAGCGCCUCUUACGUUGCAUUCCACUGGCAACCACGUUCACCACCGCCAACUCUACCACCGGUAAGCUGUCAGGGAGGGUAACCAACGAAGAAGGGCUCAGUUUCCCAAGGGCCGCAAGGUUGCCUCUCGGUCACCUCCUGUCAGCGCCUUGUCCCUCUCCAGGGUCACAAGUUCGACUUCAGAACCAAACCCCUUGACAGUCGGUACUCAGUUCCCCUCUGUCAGCUCUGCCAUCGCCCGCAGAGCCGCAUAGACGUCUGGAUUCCACCAACGUAUCGUCCUCCUCCUCCUCCUCCUCCUCCUCCUCCUCACCCAUAAGCACCGAUAGCAUUUCCUUUUGCUGUGCUGUUACAUCUGGAGAAGUUUGGAGUCCUGACCAACCUGUCCAGGAAACCGAGAGGAUUGUCGCCACCAAGGAUUGA